AUGUCGGGUGAUGAAAAGGAUCCCAAGAAUCUGGUUGAUGAAGGCGGAAAAGAUGAUUCCGGUGAUGAAAAAGAAAAUGACAAGAAUGUAGGGCCAUCCAAAAGAGACAAGAAAGAAAGAAAUAAGAGUGGUGGAGAAGAGAGUGAAGUUGAGACAUUCGAUGAUGAGAUGUCCUAUGAGAAGUGGAAGGCAUGGAAGAAGAAGAAGGAGCAAAAGAAGAAGAAGUCCAGCUCCCGGGUUAUCAUUAAUUCAAGUGAUGACUCCGACACCGACUCCAAAAGAAGAGCCUCACGCUCCUCAAACAAGGGCACCUCAUCAAAAUCAAAAGGAAAAGGUGAUUAUCGAAGAGUUGCUCAUGACUACACUUUUUCACUUCGUAGUGAGCACAAUGCAUCAAUUCAUAUGGACAAGCCACCUUUCUUUGAUGGCACCGGAUACAAUCAAUGA